AUGACUGUCAACUCUCUUAGUGAGCCAAGAACUUACAGCCAGGCUGUGCAACAUGACUGUUGGCAAAAGGCAAUGAUUGCAGAGAUCAUUGCUCUCCAGGAGAAUAGAACGUGGGAACUCGUUGAUCUACCCCUAGAAAAGACCCCUAUAGGGUGUAAAUGGGUUUACAAAGUAAAAUUGAAAGCUGAUGGCACAAUAAAACGCUAUAAAGCGAGACUUGUGGCAAAGGGCUAUCUCAGCAGCUCGGGUGAUAGAGACAACUUCAUCGCCUUACUCAUCUACGUCGAUGAUAUACUUGUUGCUAGUGACAAAUUAGAGCUGAUUCAGUCUCUCAAAGUGUUCUUGGACAGUACUUUCAAGAUCAAAGAUUUAGGGCAGUUGGGAUUCUUCCUGGGAAUUGAGGCAAAUAUGACAGCAGCAGGGUUAAACGCAAUGAAAACACCUAUGAUCCAAGGGCUGAAACUCAUGCGUAAUGAAGGCACUCCUCUCAUAGAUGCUAGUACCUACAGAAGGUUGGUUGUCAAAUUAUUAUACCUCACUGCCACCAGACCAGAUAUUACCUAUGCUAUCCAGCAACUAAGCCAGUUCGUAGAUGCCCCUACGGACUUACACUUAGCAGCAGCUAGUCGUGUUUUGAGGUAUAUCAAGAGUUCUCUAGGUCAGGGACUGCUAUAUCCUACACACACUGAUUUGCAUCUCAAAGCCUUUUCAGACUCGGAUUGGGUGACAUGCAGUGAUACUCGUAGGUCAAUAACAGGAUACUGUGUGUUCCUUGGGCCUUCACUUGUCUCCUGGAGGUUGAAGAAGAAAAUCACUGUCUCAAGAUCAUCCUCCGAAGCUGAGUACCGUGCCCUUGCAGCCACAGUUUGUGAAGUUCAGUGGCUAACAUAUUUGAUGAAUGACUUGCAGAUUGAAACAACUAUGCCAGCAACAUUAUCUUGUGACAACAAAUCGGCAGUUGCCAUUGUCGAGAAUCAUGUUUUCCACGAGCCCACCAAACACAUUGAUAUUGACUGCCAUGUUGUCCGAGAAAAGCUGAACCAAGGGUUUAUAAAGCUGCUAUCUGUAUCAUCUGCCAACUAA